AUGUUAGCCAUUGCUCUAAUUUCCUUUCUCUUCUCACGACUCAUAACGGCCACUAUUUCUACCACGCCGCCACUGUAUAACGCCACUGUCUUUGUCUUGCUUAACUGUGGCGCACAAUCAGCCACCACCGAUGAAACUGACCGUCGAUGGGAUACUGAUAUUCACUUUCCAAAUUUCUUACCUCCCAACUUUUCAAGUAUAUCCACAACAGCCACAGCUUCUGAACAAGAUCCUUCGGUCAAUAGAGUUCCUUAUACGACUGGUGCUCGUAUUAUGAGAUCUCAAUUCACCUACACUUUCCGUGUUACCCCUGGCACAAUAUUCCUCCGUCUCUAUUUCUACCCUGCCAAUUACUCCGGCUUCAACAAAGAUGAAUCUUUUUUCUCCGUCACAGCUAAUCAUUUAACCCUCUUGAGUAACUUCAGUGCUUUCCUCACAGUCUCCGCAAGUAGUAGUAAACAAGUUCAAAAAGAAUAUGUCAUCAAUGUUGAUGAAACUCAGAUACUCAAAUUAACCUUUUCUCCUUCACCAAACUCUUAUGCUUUUGUUAAUGGGAUUGAGAUACUUUCUAUGCCAACUGAUCUUUACAUCCAUGGAGACGUAACAUUGUCUGGGCAUACUAAUCCAUAUAACAUCAAUAACAGCACUGCUCUUGAAACUUUGUACAGGCUGAACGUGGGAGGCAAUUUAGUUGGUAGCACAGAGGAUACAGGGAUGUAUCGUGUAUGGGAUUCAGAUGAUGCAUUUGUUGUUGGAUAUGGCUAUCAAACUCCUCAUUUUGAUGUCAACAUCACUUACACUUCUGAAACCCCGACUUAUUCUGCGCCAACCAUAGUUUACACAACCUCUAGGAUUAUGGCCAAUUACAGCCCGGGACUGGAUUGGGAAUUUCCUCUAAACUCUGGCUUCUAUUAUCUUUUCAGGCUCCAUUUUUGUGAGAUUCAGCCGGAAGUUCAAAAAAUAAACGAUAGAAGUUUUUCCAUUUCUAUCGGAAACCAAAAAGCCGAGCGAGAGGCUGAUGUAAUACAAUGGAGUGGAGGCUGGAGAAUCCCUGUGUACAAAGACUAUGUGGUUCAUGUUAGAAAGCAAGAUGGUGAGCAAAACGUGACGCUUGAUUUGAGUCCUAACCCAUAUUCUGCGCAUCAAAAUGCUAUCUUAAAUGGCUUAGAAAUUUUCAAGUUGAACGACUCAAAUGGAAACCUCUCCGUGCCGAAUCCUGAAUUGUUCGCUGCUGAACCUAGGAAAGAGAUAAAAAUCGCAACGUGCAAUUUUGAUGAAAAUUUUCUGAUUGGUUAUGGAGGUUUCGGUAAUGUGUACAAAGGGUACAUAGACAACGGUGAAACCAUAGUUGCAGUCAAGAGAUUGAAUCCUUCAUCAAAGCAAGGAGUCCGUGAGUUCGAAACAGAGAUUCACAUGUUGUCAAAGCUAAGGCAUGUGCAUCUGGUGUCCUUAAUUGGUUAUUGUGAUGAUAACAAUGAAAUGAUAUUGGUUUAUGAUUACAUGGCCCAUGGAACUCUUCGUGAUCACUUGUACAGUACUGAUAAUGCUCCCCUUCCAUGGAAGAAACGUGUUGAGAUUUGCAUUGGCGCAGCAAAAGGAUUGUAUUAUCUCCAUACAGGUACAAAGCAUACCAUUAUUCAUCGUGAUGUGAAGUCAACCAACAUUUUAUUGGAUGAUAAAUGGGUUGCUAAGGUUUCAGAUUUUGGAUUAUCCAAAAUCUGUCCAUUUGGUGGGUCAGGAAAUACCCAUGUUACGACUGCUGUGAAAGGAAGCUUUGGGUAUGUAGAUCCUGAAUACUAUAAGCGACAACAAUUAACGGAGAAAUCUGAUGUGUAUUCUUUUGGGGUGGUGUUAUUCGAAGUGUUGUGUGGUAGGCCAGCAUUAAUUCCUAGCAUGCCUCAAGGGCAAGUGAAUUUGGCUUAUUGGGCUUGUAGGUAUUGUAAAAAAGGAAAUGUUGAACAAAUAAUUGAUCCAAAUUUGGAAGGUCAAAUUGCGCCAGAGUGCUUAAACAAGUUUGCAGAAGCAGCAUAUAAUUGCUUGAGGGAUGAAGGGGUCCGAAGGCCAUCAAUGGGUGAUGUUGUCUGGAAUUUAGAAUUUGUAUUAAAGCUUCAAGAUGCAGCUGAUAAUAGAGGUCAUGAGUACAUAGGCCCUUCUUUUCCCGUAAAUCCUUCUUUUCCAUUGAUUAUUAAUGGUGAUGCUAAUGUAAGGACGAAUGAAGAUGAGAUAAGUGAAGUUGAAAGAAAACUGACAAUCAAUGGUAUAUCCAUGUCGGUCAGUAGGAGUGCCAAAUUGAACAACGUUGCCAUUUUCUCUGAGAUUGUAAAUCCAUUGGGUCGAUGA